AUGGCGUUCCAGGCACGGCACCGCUGGAUGAUCCAGCGUUUGCAGCUCGGUUUUGGUUUUAAGGAUGAAAGUCAAGUAGAAGAUCUCUUGCGUGGUAACUGCAUCAUGGAGCAGCUCACUCGGUUUUUCCGUGGUGACGGUCCCACGAAAAUAUUCUUUUAUUACCAAUUCAAAGGCGUGACUGACGACGAUACUUCAUCAACCCCAGAAUCACGGCGAAAAGAUCUUUUCAUAACCGAUGGACUGGACGAAAUGCUGCAAGGACGUGUCGUAUUUUUUGCCAAAGUAGUACCAGAAACCACGGAAAAUUGCGAAUAUAACAUUCAAGACAAGACGAAUCCAGAAACUCAACAUGAAAACACAUCGUGUGACUCAAAUUCGUGGCUGCCAAUAGACCCAGCGAUAGCUAACGACCAUCUGCUCACAUUUGGUGUCUUAGAUUCAUCCGUACUCGUGUCAAUUGAGACGCAUCUAUCACAAUUAUUUCAGCCACUUUUGACUUCCCAAGACGCGAAUUUUUGGGGCAAGGUAGAAAUUGGUAUUCGCAAUGACUUUGUGCAAGAUUUGAAAGCAUUUGUGGUUAAUGUACAAGAAAAUCUUCAGGCAAUGAAUACCGGACUAGAAUUGCGGAAACCAGACAAGAGAUACGACACCACGAACUCCAGGAGUUUAUCAAAAUUAUCGUCGGAUGGCAAUGCUGUGCAGCACUUUGUAGAGCUCGUUAAGGAUUGGUGUAAGCAGACCGAAGCGUAUCUGGAAGGUAAUGAUCAAGAAGUCUGGGAAUCACACGAGGCGGGCCCUGCGACGGAGCUAGAAUACUGGAAUCGACGACUACAACGACUCGUGGGCAUUACAGAGCAACUGAAAACUAAAGAAUGCAAAAUGGUCACUGGGGUCCUUCAUGUCUUUUGCAAAUUACAAGAAGGAGAAGCAGAUAAGUUGAAAGUUACACAAUUAUUGCGCCAAUGGAAGCAAAUUGAUGCAAUCAUCACCGAGGCAUUGAAUGAAGCUAAAGACAAUGUCAAAUACCUUGCGACGUUAGAACGCUUUAUUGAACCCUUAUACACAGGGACUCCAUCGUCCGUAGUGGACGCACUGCCUGCUCUUUUGAAUUCUGUCAAGAUGAUUCAUACGAUUGCACGAUAUUACAAUACGACAGAGCGCAUGACAAAGUUGUUUACGACAUUCACGAAUCAGAUGAUCAUAUUGUGCAAAAAGCAUCUGGUUGGAGCGGAACCUUCGGAGGCUAUUUGGGACAAAGAUUCUGAAGUGCUGCUUCUGGGAUUGGAGCAGUGUUUAAAGCUCAAUGAGGCUUACCAAGAGCAAUAUCGUUUUACAAAAGAGAAGCUCCUGACAGUGCCGAAAGGCAAACAAUUUGAUUUUGGUGAGACACAAAUUUUUGGCAAGUUUGACCUCUUUUGUCGACGACUUGUCAAGCUCAGCGACAUUUUCAGUACCAUACAUCAGUUUCGUACUCUAGCGCAGCAUUCAUAUUUGCUGGAAGGGAUGGAUACGCUAUUGGCAUCCUUCGACACGAUCGUACAAACAUUUCGCGCUCACAAGCAUGACUUACUUGAUUAUCAAAAUAACAAAUUUGACCGUGAUUAUGUCGAUCUGAAUAUACAACUUGCUGAUUUAGAAGCAUCAUUGCAACAUUUAAUUAAUGUACGCUUCGACUCUAUCUCAAGUAUUGAGCAAUCGCUGCAGCUACUGAAAAAACUUCAGCAUAUAUUACAGCGCGAGUCACUGCGCAGCGACCUGGAUUCGAAAUUUAUCGUUAUUUUUUAUAAGUAUGGACUUGAUUUGUCGCACGUUCAAGAGUUAUACGAACGUCAUCGACAUGAUCCCCCUGUUGCACGUAACUUACCUCCUGUAGCUGGGAACAUUCAAUGGUCGCGUCAUUUACUACGUCGAAUUGAAGAGCCAAUGCGUAAGUUUGAGAGUAACCCAAACGUUUUGUCGACAAAAGAUAGUAAGAAAAUCAUCAAAACUUACAAUAAAGUGGCACGAACGCUUGUAGCAUUCGAGUAUUUAUGGUACGAAGCAUGGUGUCGGUCAGUAGAAAACGCACGGGCAGCUUUGCAUGCGACACUGAUCAUUCGAGAUUCCAACACAGGUCGCUAUUAUGUGAAUUUCGAUAAAGGAAUCCUGCAGCUGAUUCGUGAGGCUCGUUGUCUCGAUCGAAUUGGAAUCGAAGUGCCUGAAAAUGCACGUAUGGUCAUGUUACAAGAAGAUAAAUUUAAGGCUAACUAUAAUGAUUUAAACUAUGCACUUCAUCAAUAUGACCGUGUGGUCGCCAAAAUCAUCCCAAUCACAGCCGCAUUGUUGCGUCCUCAUUUGGAAGAUUUAGAGCAAAAACUUACGCCUGGACUUGUCACUCUUACAUGGACAAGUAUGAAUAUUGAUGCUUACACAGCUGUAGUACACGCGAUGUUGCAGCGUCUGGAGAAACUCAUCUCGAGCGUCUCGGAUGCCAUUGAAAAUCGUAUUGAGAAAAAUCUCGUACUUGUAUCCAAAGCAUGUCUUGUCCACUUACCCACAAAUCAGUCAUUCGCUCUUGACGAGUUUGUACGGAUGCAAGAAAAGCAUGUGGUAACUAUCACAAAGCAGUUGGGAGCGAAGAAUGUCGAGAUUGAAAAUGCUGUCGAAGAUGUACUGAGAUUAAUCUGUGAGUGUCACUUAGACGGUUCGUCAGCCUCUGAUGCCGUGCUUUCGGUAACCGGUUCGAGAAAUGCAAUGUGUUCUGCUGAAGCCAUCGAGGCGUUUCGAAAUUUCUACCAGAAUCUCUUUUAUCGCUCCUUAUUGACGUGUACAAAGAAUUCGCUAGAUUUAAUCAAGAAUCGUGUGUGUUCGAAAGCAGGAGCAGGUUUUCUUUUCAUCGAGCGUCCUUUUUUUGAAGUGGACGUACAGCUAUCCGUCCCGUCCGUUCGCUUAAAUCCUUCCCUCGAGGACAUCCAAAAAGCAAUCAACCGAUCUGCAGUUGCUGUAAUACGUUGCUCCAAGAGUCUGUACGAAUGGGGCCAACAGACAGUUGUGCCAGAUAGUGCACGCAUUAGUCUAUUUGAACGUCUUGGGUGCGACACAGAGAUCAUCAAGGUGGCUAUUCUGUUAACUGGUGCAUUGCAUGGUACAAAGAAUCAUGUUCACGAAUACCUUUCUGCGUUCAAAAAGUACGACUGGCUUUGGAAAGAAGACAUGGAAUAUCGCUACAACCAAUUUAUACAGCGUAAUCCACUUAUUCAGGAUUUCGAAACAGAAUUAAAAUACUUUAUGGCAAUUGAAGCUGAAAUCUCGGUAAUAGCUCCGGUUCACAACAUUGCCGUCUUAUCUCUCAGCACAAAAAAUCUUAAGCUGCAAUUACGUAAUGAGUGUCGUCAAUGGAAGGUUAAGUAUUCAGAUAAAGUACAUAAUCAAGCCCGGACAGCACUUUUGAAUUUGAUUGAUUAUAUUCGAACAACCACCGCAAAGCUUGAUGCACACGUUGAAUCACUUGAUGCUCUUCGACUUGUUAUGAGUGUGUUGAAAGAAAUAAGGGAGCGUGAAUCGGCGAUAGAGAUGGAAAUAAAUCCAAUUGCAGAAAUGUACGCGAUGCUUGAACAUUAUCUGCCGGGAGGAUAUAUGGACAAAGAGGAGAUGGAGCAUAAGAAUGUCUUGCGCAGUUCGUGGCAAAAGCUUGUCGAUUAUGCCGAAGAAGUGACGGAUAAUUUGUCCGAAAUACAGGGUGGAUUUAAAAGGCAGUUGAUAAAUGACAUUAAAAGCUUUCAGGCAGAUGUUGCAAUAUUUCGAAGCGAGUACGAAACAAAUGGUCCGUUGGUUUCUGGUCUAGAUCCUUUGGAGGCUGUGGAACGUUUGAAAUGCUAUAAGAAUUUGCUUUCAACAAUGGAACACAAACUUGAAGCGUAUUCGGCUGGCGAAGAGCUGUUUGGUAUGCGGCCGACAGAAUACCCUGAUAUCGUACGCACCCGAAAGGAAUUGGUAUUGCUAGAUCAGCUCUAUAGUCUUUACUUGGACGUUGAAAAGACCAUGGAAGAGUUUCGUGGAAUCGCGUGGGUACAAGUAGGUGCGUAUGUUGACCAAAUGAGCGAGUGUUAUGCUAGGUAUGAUGCACGAUGUAAGAAGCUGCCAAAGACUUUGUACGAGUGGGAAGCAUAUAGAAUUUUACGUAAAGCCAUUUCAGAAUUUUUGGAUAUCUUACCUAUCGUUCGUGAUUUGACGAGAGAGAGUAUUAAACCGCGUCAUUGGGACAAACUUAUUGAAUCUUGCAGUAGUCGGCGACUGCCUUACGAUUCUGAUUCAUUUAAGUUUCAGGACGUCCUUGAUGUACAGCUUCUAACGUAUAAAGAAGACGUCGAAUUUAUAUGUGAAAGUGCACAGAAGGAAUUACAAAUUGAACACAAACUUUGUGAUCUAACGGAACGCUGGGCGGGUACAACUUUUGAGUUUAGUGAAUGGAGACAACGCAAUAUUCCCGUUUUAAAAGCUUAUGGCCAGGUAAUUGAAGAUUUAGACGAUAGUCAACUACAACUUCAAGCGAUAUUAACCGACGUCCUUGAACUGUGGAUCAAAGUGCAAACAUUGUGGAUGUCCCUGGAAUCAGUGUUUACAGGUGGUGAUAUUGCGAAACAAAUGCCUUAUGAGGCGAAGAAGUUUGCAAAAAUUGAUAAAGACUGGCUCAAAGUUAUGACAAAAGCCGCAGAAGUGGGUUUUGUUGUUUCGUGCUGCUCAAAUGAAAUGAUACGUAGCAUGCUUCCAUCCCUGUAUGGGGAACUUGAAAAGUGCCAAAAAUCCCUAGAAGGAUAUCUUGAGCAAAAACGCAAAAAAUUUCCACGGUUCUACUUUGUAUCUAACCCUCUUUUGCUGCUUAUACUGUCUCGAGGAUCGGACCCAGCAGCGGUUCAGCAAUACUAUGAAAAAAUCUUCGAUAGUAUCAGCCACGUAGUCCAUGAAAAGUCUGCCUUAGACGCGAGCCGUCGCGUUUCAUCAUCCCAUCUACUAAAACGCAGAAUAAUUCAAAUCAAAUCACUUUUAGGAAAUGACGAAGAAACGAUAUCUCUUGUUCAACCUGUCCUUCCUGACGGAAAUAUUGAAGAGUGGCUCGGUGCGCUAGAAAAAGAAAUGCGUCGAACUUUGAAAACCUUAUGUCGUCAAGCUGCUGCGGAAUGUCAGUCAACGUCACUGAAAGAUUUUGUCAGUAAGACAUGUGCUCAAUUUGCGCUUCUUGGAAUUCAGUUAAGCUGGACAGCUGAAUGCCAGGACGCACUUCAAAAGUGCCUCAAGACGAAAGGAAUAAUGGCACAAACGGCAAAGAAACAGGGACUGAUAUUAUCCGAACUAUCGUCUUGGUGUCUUACCGAUCUUGGUACGAAGCUUGUGCGUACUAAAAUUGAGACCUUAAUUACAAUUCAAGUUCAUCAGCGUGAUUGUUUUCUGGAACUGUCUCGCCUUUUCAAAGAAAAAAAACUUUUUGAUGCCAAUGACUUUGAAUGGCUCAAACAAGCUCGUCUUUAUUGGCAUCUUGGCAGUCAAGGUGCAUCCGAUUCCGUAGGUCCAGAUGCCUGUUGUGUCUCCAUUUGUGACAUCGAUUUUAAGUAUGCUUUCGAGUAUUUAGGCUGCAAAGAGCGUCUUGUCAUCACGCCAUUAACAGACCGUGCGUAUAUCACACUCUCACAAGCACUCGGUAUGCACUUAGGUGGUGCACCGGCUGGUCCAGCAGGGACAGGCAAGACCGAAACGGUCAAAGAUCUUGGUCGUACACUUGGUAUCUACGUUAUUGUCACGAAUUGUACUGAUCAGCAACGGUAUUCUGACAUGGCAAAAAUCUUGAAAGGACUUUGUCAAGGAGGCUUUUGGGGCUGUUUCGACGAAUUUAAUCGUAUCGAGCUGCCCGUAUUGUCGGUCGUCGCCCAACAAGUUCUUGCUAUUACAAAUGCUAAGCGUGUUCAAGCUCCUAUGUUCACAUUUCCAGGCGAUCCGCUUCCUAUUGGACUUCACUCAGAUGCUGCAUACUUUAUUACGAUGAAUCCAGGCUAUCAAGGACGGCAGGAACUGCCUGAAAACCUUAAAGCACUCUUUCGAGGUGUAUCCAUGAUGGUUCCUGAUCGUGAGAUCAUCAUGAAGGUCCGACUUUGCGCCGUUGGUUACGAUGCCUUUGCUGAACUCGCACGCAAGUUCAAGACUUUAUAUGCUGUGUGUGAAGGUCAGCUCUCGAAACAACGCCACUACGACUUUGGGCUUCGCAAUAUCUUGUCGGUGCUACGAUCAGCGGGUGCGACGAAGCGUGAAAACCUUAAAGCAAGCGAGACAUUGCUGCUUAUGACUACAUUGCGCGAUAUGAACUUGUCAAAACUUGUCGCGGUAGAUGUACCGAUUUUUUUGUCGCUUCUUCGCGAUAUUUUUCCUGGUGUUGAGCCGGCACCUUCAUCGACGUGUGAUAGUAGCUCUGAGUUGGGCAAAGCCAUCCAAAGUGUGUUGCAAACAGCCCAGAUCUGGCCGCCACCCGCUGCAUGGAGCGCAAAGGUGACUCAACUGUACGAGACACAGCUUGUCCGUCAUGGGAUUGCGCUUGUUGGACCAGCAGGAGCUGGCAAGUCGGAAAUUUUGCGUACAGUGCUGACAAGUCUAAGUUCUGCCACGAGCAUUCCGCAUCGACAAGUCCGUUUGAACCCAAAAGCUGUUCGUGCUGAGGAACUUUUCGGCGAAACCGAUCGGCUCACUGGCGAAUGGGUUGACGGCGUGUUUGCAGCAAUCUGGGCCAAGUUUAACGACCGGACUCGACGAGAUGUGUCAUGGUUGGUCUGUGACGGACCUGUGGAUGCCGUGUGGAUCGAGAAUCUGAACACAGUACUGGAUGAUAACAAGUUGCUGACACUGGCGAACGGUGAUCGCUUACCCAUGACUGAUAAUUGUAAGCUUCUUUUUGAAGUUGAAGACCUGCGCAACGCAUCACCUGCAACCGUAUCACGAGCAGGAAUAGUAUACGUGAGUGACACGGAUCUUGACUGGGAGCCAGUAGCGCAACGAUGGCUUCGUACGCGAUCAGACGCCCAGCGCGUAGCAUUGGGACGGAGUAUCCGAACUUUCGUCGGUGGUGGUGAGACGUCGGGUUCAGGUCAUCUAUUUGACUUUUUUAAGAAAAAUUGCCAACCGGUUAUUAAUACACCGCGCGUUGCGCUGAUUCAAGCAAGCUUAAACCUAUUACAGUCUCUUUUAGAGCGCUGUGAGCUUAGCGAUGAUUCGGAUGUAGAGGUGGAACUGGAAAGAUUGUUUGCAUUUGCACUCGCGUGGGCAAUUGGGGGCGUUCUAGACGUGAAUGAUCGCCAAAAACUUAAUAUUUAUUUGGUCGGAAAGGGUGCAAAAAGCAUAUUUCCACCGGCAACUCACACAAGAAUAGUUGGUCAUGAAGCUUCAGCAAGUCUAGAAGGACGAGGUCAAGCACUGACUGUGUUUGAUUAUUUCUUACAUCCUUCGACACUUGAAUGGGAAAAGUGGCCACUUGAACGAACAGAUAAUCUGUUAACGCGAUCAACCAGCCUUGUGAAUGUCGGGUGUAUCGUUGUUCCAACCACAGACACGGUACGUGCUCUGUAUAUACUUGAGCACCUCCAUAAGAGUCAAGUACCUGUCCUCGUUGUUGGAGAUCCAGGUACUGGUAAGUCGACGCUGGUGCGAUUAUUCCUUGAAACGUAUGUCGAUCAAGUGAGCCUAUCUCGAACGCUCAUCUUCUCAGGAGCGACAUUAGGAGGUGCCUUUCAAGCGGCAGUUGAAAGUGAUUUAGAAAAGCGCAGUGGCAAGACGUUUGGCCCCUCGAACGGUCAACAGCUUACGUUUUUUAUCGACGAUCUUGCCAUGCCAGCGCUUAACGAGUGGGGCGAUCAGCCAACGCUGGAAGUUGUUCGACAGCUUGUAGAGUCCCGAACACUCUGUUUUCUGGAUAAAGACAAACGUGGAGACAUCAAAAUUAUUGAAGAACUUCGUUUCAUGGCAGCGAUGGGCUUACCACAGGCCGAUAAGAAUGACAUACCGGCACGUCUGAAGCGACAUUUCUUUCUUUUGAAUCUACCGCCACCUUCUCCUGAAGUUGCUGAAGCCAUCUUUGCUCAAAUCAUCUACUGGCAAUUCGUUUCCAACCACGACGAUUCAUUCUCUGCAAGUGACAUGCUAGUAGCUAAAUCACUCCAGGAAUUAAUAUCGCGUCUCGCGACUGCCUCUGUCCAUUUGUGGCUCUGGCUACGCCGUACGCUGCCUCCGAGUCCGCAAAAAUUUCACUACGUCUUCAGCUUGCGUGAGCUUAGCCGAAGUCUUCAAGGGCUUGUACGAGCCCCACAUGAGAGUGCGAUAAGGUCGGAAGAGGUGCUUAUUCGACUUUGGCAGCACGAGAGUGAGCGCGUGUUCAGCGACCGACUCGUCUCGCUUGAAGAUAAACAGCUUUUUAAUGACGAAUUGAAUGAUGUUGCGGAUGGAUUAUUUACAAAGUCAGCACCUUUGACGAGACUCAAUGGUGGUAGCAAAGACAAGGGAGUAGCCAACACUUCUGAUGGACACAUACCCCAACGUCGGCAGUCUAGCCUACAUGGACGACAAGCUAUGGUCUACGUUGACUUUUUGCAAGACCAACCUGUCGACGAGCUCGGCGACCCGGUGGGUGAAAUGCCACGAAUUUACGAGCCCGUGUCUAAUUUACCAACUCUACGUUCCCGAGUGGAGCAUCUUCUAGCUCAGUAUAAUUGUGAGAAUCCUGGACGUGCGCUUCCAUCUCUGAUUCUUUUCGAGGAAGCGUUAAACCACUUAGCCCGGAUCACGCGUAUUUUUGGACUACCCCAGAGCAAUAUGAUGCUCGUUGGUGUAGGAGGGUCGGGAAAGCAAUCGCUAGCUCGACUGGCUGCCAUCUUAAGUGGUCUAGAACUAUGUCAAUUAACCGUUACCAAGGCAUACACGCUCACAGCAUUUCGCGACGAUGUACGUGCUUUGUGUCAGACGGCUGGACAGGCUGGAAAAGGAGUCGUUUUUCUCUUGACAGAGGCGGACAUCAAGGACGAUUCGUUUCUUGACCAGAUUAAUGUACUCUUAGCUACUGGUGAAGUACCUGGAUUAUUUUCUCGCGACGAAUUUGUAGCCAUGGCGAGUGAACUGCGCAGUGCCAUGCGGUCUGAAUGUCCAGACGCAGCGGACACAUUGGCAAACCUCACGCGCUUCUUUUACGAUCGCUUGCGACGUCAUCUUCACGUUGUCUUAUGUCUUUCUCCGGUGAGUUCACGCUUUGCUGCGCGCUGUCGGGAGUUUCCACAUCUUGUAACUGGAUGCACGAUCGAUUGGUUUUUACCUUGGCCAGAAGAGGCACUAAGGGCAGUGAGUCACGGAUUUCUUGACGCGUUUGUACUUGAGACGCCGCGAGUGACAAAAGAUGCUUUGAUUCUCCAACUGGGACGAAUGCACCAAGCGGUUGAACACGUAAGUGACGAAUACUACAAGCACAGGCAUCGUAGCGUUGUGCAAACUCCACGCACCUUUUUAAGCUUUCUUGCUACGUACAAGGAAUUGUACACAGACAAGUUGCGCAAGGUGCAACAUUUGGAAGAAGCCGUGGAUCUUGGCCUUCAAAAGCUUGGACAAGGGGCACAAGACGUCGAGCGGAUGAAAGUUGUUCUCAAACACGAGGAAGCUAAGCUUGAAAUUGCUGAGGCUGCGUCAAAUGAAAUGCUUGAGAUACUUCAAGUCAAAUCGCUGGAAGCGAAAAGAGAGAGCGACAUUGUCCAAAAUAUCCGGCAACAGUGCCUUUCUGAUGCAGCCGCCAUUCGGGCUGAAAAAGAAGCGGCAGAAGAAGACUUAAAGCGUGCUCAACCAUUUUUGGACGAAGCCGAACGCGCAGCAAACAGUAUUCGUCCAAAUGACUUAAACGAGCUAAAAAAGCUCGCAAAACCAGGUGAUAUUAUCAAGCUCAUCUUUGACUGUGUCGCAAUAUUACAAAUGGCUCCGCUGGUCAAGGUCGAGCGCGUUACAAUUUCGUUAGGAAUUGGCAAGGAACGACACUCGUGCAAUUUUCUCCAGGAUUCGUUCCAACUUGCAAAGUCCGGGAUGCUCGCAGACAUGCGCUUCUUACAGACCAUUUUCAACUUUUCGAAACAUCAAAAAGAUCAAAUGAAUGACGAGACACUUGAGUUUAUGGCGCCGUAUAUGGAACUUACAGGCUUUAGUGGUCCCGCCGCCAAGAAUGCGUCAAAAGCAGCUGAAGGUCUUUUUUGCUGGGUAAACGCGAUGAGUUUGUACCACAACGCAUCCAAGGUCGUCAAGCCAAAGCUUGAGGCGCUUCGGAUCGCCGAGGGAAAGCUUGAAGCUGCGCAAACACGACUUGAAAGCUCAGAAGACAAACAACUACAAUGUCAAAAUGUUCUUCGCCAGUUGCAGCAGGAAUUUGAAAAACAAAUGGCCGAAAAGGCUCGCGUCGAGGCAUUUGCACAAGCCACAAAGCGCAAAAUGGAGCAAGCGACAGCUUUGAUUAAAGGUUUAAGUGGCGAAAAAUUGCGCUGGACGGACGACUCGAAUCGGUUUGUCGAGCAAAAGCAACACUUGGUCGGUGACUGUGCGCUUGCAGCCGCUUUUUUGUGUUAUUGUGGUCCAUUCAACAGAGAGUACCGCAAUUUGCUACUACGUGAACGUCUGCCAACAGAGCUUGGAGCUACCCCACUUGGUAGCACUGCUAGUUCGAAUCCAUCACCAUUUCCUAUCCCUUUGACACGCAACUUGGCACUGGACGAGUUUUUGGUCGAUGCUGGGUCGGUGAGCGAUUGGAAAUUGCAAGGGUUGCCGUCCGAUCCGCUGUCUAUCCAAAAUGGCAUCUUAGUGGCACGAGCACCGCGUUUCCCACUACUCAUUGAUCCACAAGGCCAAGCUUUGGCGUGGAUUCUGCAUCGAGAAUUAGAUCGUCUACCCUCUGCGGGUGUUGUUUCGGUAAAUAGUCUUAAGCUGCGCGAGAUUCUUGAACAUUGUGUGGGUGAAGGAAAAGCUUUGAUUAUUGACGGACUGGAUGGAACUGAUUUGGAUCCUCUUCUGGCCAAUGUGCUCGACAAAAAUUUUAUCCUUCGCGCUAAGGGAAAGUAUGUCAAGCUGAUGGACCGCGUGUGUGAGUAUAACGACGAUUUUACGCUGUUUCUGACCACACGGUUGGCCAAUCCGCACUUUUCACCAGAGCUACAGGCACGUACACUUGUUGUUGAUUUUACCGUGACACAAAACGGUCUGGAAGAGCAGCUUCUUGCUCAAGUGAUUCGUCAAGAGCAACGCUCACUAGAAGAGCAAUUGGAGCGCGUGCAAUGCGAGUUAAACUCCAAUGCCAAAGCGCUAGUGGCCCUGGAUGCGCUGCUUUUAGAGCGAUUAUCAGCAAGCAAAGCAAAUCUACUAGACGAUGUCGAACUUGUUUCCGUCUUGGCGAAUACAAAGGCCAAAGCGACUGAAGUGAACGACAAGAUAUUGGCAGCUGAAGAAGUAAAGCAAGGGAUUGAUGAAAAACGGGAAUACUAUCGCCCCGUGGCUGCUCGCGGCUCGAUACUUUACUUUGGAAUUGUUGAGUUUGCAGCAGUGAAUGUUAUGUACCAGACGUCGCUGGAUCAAUUUCUUCAGCUUUUCGUGAAGUCUAUCGACCAAGCCGAGCGAUCAGUUCUUGCGUCCAAACGAGUGACAAAUAUUAUAGAGACCCUAACGUAUAUAGUCGUCCGAUACGUGACGCGUGGCCUCUAUGAUCGUCACCGUCUCAGUUUUCUUCUCAUGAUUGCACUCAAGAUUCUCGUUGCUGCAAACUGCGUGACUUCCGCUGACGUCACGCUCUUUCUUAAUGCUGGAGCUGCUCGAAAAGUGUUGAGUGAGCAGCCAAAGAAGAUCACAUGGAUGCCGACAAGCGUGUGGCUGAAUGCAAUACAUCUUGCUACUGAAAAACCGCUCUUUCGUAGUCUUGUAAGUGAUCUGGAACGCAACGAAAGUUUGUGGCGCAAAUGGCUUGACGACAAUGAGCCCGAGCGUUUACCUUUACCCGAAUAUGAGGGGCUGUUAUUCGAUCCACGUGUUCUAACAGCAAACCUGCACUUUCACCGACUGCUUUUAAUACGCUCAUUACGCGAAGAUCGCACAAUUCCGGCCGUCAUCAACUUGAUUCGAGCGAUAGAAGUAAUUGAAGGUGGAAUAGGAAGUAGUUUGUCGCGACUGCCGGCGUUAGGACCCCGGUAUGUCGAACCUAUUACCGACACGGUAGAAAUCGUGCACCAGGAUAUGCGAGCAGAAGCACCCGUGUUGUACUUGCUUUCGCCCGGUGCAGACCCGACUGAGGCUAUCGAACAACUUGCGCGGCGAAAACGUCAAACUGUCACGACUAUUUCAAUGGGAGAAGGACAAGAAGAGAUUGCGGUUCGUGCUGUGCUGUCUGCCAUGGCUAAUGGAUCUUGGGUUUUGCUCCAGAACUGCCAUCUGGGACUUACUUCGAUGGACGUGCUUUGCGAAGCUUUAGGUAGUGCUGCUAGCUCGUCCGAGAGCUUGAAUUCAGCCGCAAGUAUAGCCCGAGCACCCGAGUUUCGCCUCUUCUUGACAUCUGAACCGCAUCCAGACUUCCCGAUCGCAUUGUUACAUCGCUGCACAAAGGUGACGAACGAACCGCCUGCUGGUCUUCGUGCAGGUCUACUGCGCAGCUUUACUGUCCUAAUAGAUCAAGACAGACUGGACCGUCUCGAAAAUUCAUCGUGGCGUGCUCUAGUAUUUGCUGUCUGUUUCUUACACUCGAUUGUUGUUGAGCGCCGUAAAUUCGGUCCGUUGGGUUUUAGUGUGCCGUACGAAUUCAACGCCGGUGAUAUUGGCGCGUCCUUGAGCUUCCUAGAGCGACAUUUGUACACAUCGCCAUCGCCAUCGUGGCCAACCGUGCAAUAUAUGGUGGCCGAGGUGCAUUACGGUGGUCGUAUCACUGACGAGCUAGAUCGACGGCUUUUUCGGGCCUAUUGUGAAGCAUGGCUCAGUCCGACGCUAUUUGAGCCUUCGUUCUCAUUUAACCCGGAAGACAAGCUUUCCACAGGAUCCACAAAUGCUCCAUCUGUUCAACUAUUUAACUAUGGUCGGCCUGACUUGUCUGUGGUUGAGAUUGAUGAGUAUCAUCGAUAUAUUGCUGGCUUCCCGAGUGUAGACUCACCAGAAGUGUUUGGCUUACACCCGAAUGCUGACCUUACAUACCGUGUAAAGGAAGUAUCGGCUCUUUUGGGCACGAUCGCACUCACGCAACCGACAGAUACCGAUACUUCAGCCGCCACCGCGCAGCUAGAGUCACGAGAGGAAUUAAUUUUGCGUAGGAUUCGUGAUCUGCUGGCCGUUCUUCCUGCGGGAAGUGAAGAUGCUCUCAGCGAAGAAGCGCUGAUUCAGGCACUACGUUCUAAGAUACUCGGUGGGGGCUUAGAGCUGCCGCUCAAUGUAUUUUUAUGCCAAGAAGUUCGCACACUUCGCCUUGUCUUGAACUACGUGCGAACGUCUCUAACGAAGACCCAGCGUGCACUGAAGGGGGAAAUAGUGCUGACAUCCUUACUACGCGAGACGAGUCAAGCCUUAUUUGACAAUAAAGUACCCUCAUCUUGGGUUGCGAAUGAUCAAGCGUGGCUUGCUGGAACGUUAGGCUUUUGGAUUACAGGACUUGUCGACCGAUUAACUCAAUUGCGUACGUGGCUCGAGCGCGGCCGACCGUCCAGCUUUUGGCUCGCGGGUUUUGCAAACCCGCGCGGAUUUCUUACAGCUGUCGCUCAAGAAGCAACGCGAUCCAAUUUAAGUGAGCGCUGGGCGCUAGACGAUGUAGUUUAUUACAGUGAAGUUACAGACUAUGAGCGACUAGAGCAGAUUAAGCAGCCGCCACACGACGGUGUUCUCGUGCACGGAUUGAUGAUCGACGGUGCCGCGUGGAAUCGAGCCGAGGGAACUCUAGUAGAGCAAGAGCCCAAACGAUUAUUUGCGCCCCUUCCCGCCGUCCAUGUUACGGCCGCGACGAAAGCGUACAAGAAAACGCGAGCUUCCCAGGAUUAUGGACCGUACGGAGCCUACGAAGCUCCAGUCUAUCGCUAUGCGAGCCGAACAGACAAACACUAUAUUUUUUCGAUCCCGUUGGGGUCCAGAGACCAUCGACCGCUGCACUGGACGUUGCGGGGUGUUGCUUUACUAUGCUCCACCGAUCAAUAG